AUGUCCUUUAGAAGAGCCCUUUCCAAGGCUCCAAUUGUCCAACACUCUAUAAGAAGUAUGGCCACUGCCGCUGCAGGAAAGACUAUGACUGUCAGAGAUGCAUUAGACAAUGCCAUGGAAGAGGAAUUAGACCGUGAUCCAAGUGUCUUCCUUAUGGGUGAAGAAGUUGCCCAAUACAAUGGUGCCUACAAGAUUUCCAGAGGUUUGUUGGAUAAGUUUGGUCCAAAGAGAAUCGUCGAUACUCCAAUUACUGAGAUGGGUUUCACCGGUCUCUGUGUUGGUGCAGCCUUUGCUGGUUUAAAGCCAGUUUGUGAGUUCAUGACAAUGAACUUUGCCAUGCAGGCCAUUGAUCAAAUUAUCAACUCUGCAGGUAAAACUUAUUACAUGUCUGGUGGUAAAUUGCCAGUCAAUAUUGUUUUCAGAGGUCCUAACGGUGCCGCUGCCGGUGUUGCUGCUCAGCAUUCCCAAGAUUACUCUACUUGGUACGGUGCUAUUCCAGGUCUAAAGGUCAUUUCUCCUUACUCUGCCGAAGAUGCAAGAGGUUUGUUAAAGGCUGCUAUUAGAGACCCAAACCCAGUUGUUUGCUUGGAAAAUGAAUUGCUUUAUGGUCAAUCGUUCCCUGUUUCUGAAGAGGCUCUUUCUCCUGAUUUCACAUUGCCAAUUGGUAAGGCCCAGAUUCUAAAAGAGGGUAAAGAUUUGUCUAUCAUUUCUUACACCAGAAACUUGAACUUCUGUUUGGAAGCUGCAGAUAUCGUUAGAGACAAGUACGGUCUUAAUGUUGAAAUCAUCAACUUGAGAUCUAUCAAGCCUAUGGAUUGGGAUACUAUUUUGAAGUCCAUCAUCAAGACUAAGCAUGCUCUUACUGUCGAGUCUGGAUUCCCUGCCUUUGGUGUCGGUGCUGAAAUCUGUGCACAGGUCAUGGAAUCUUCUGCCUUCGAUUACUUGGACUCUCCAAUUGUUAGAGUUACUGGUUGUGAAACCCCAACUCCAUACGCCAAGUCAUUGGAGGACUUUGCUUUCCCAGACACCCCAACCGUUGUUAGAGGUAUUGAGAAGGUUAUGUCUUUGGGUGAGUGGGCUUAA